CAAUAACAACUACGACGACAACAACCAUGUCGCCCACAACGCAGACACCACCAGCCGCACGUACUUCACUAUUUGAUUCGUGUCAUCGAAAGAUACGCCUAAUUGGCGGUGGUCCAGUUGCAUUUUUGGGCGGUCUAGUUGCAAAAGCUCGUCGCAAAGAACGAGAUGGCGAUCAAAAUUCAACAGAUACCAAAUUAUAUUUGGAGGAGAGUGUUUUAGAACGUAAAUUACCUGAAGCUGAUCUCAAAGCUCUAGUUGAUCUACCAGCUGGCUUAGAUUAUAAUGAAUGGCUAGCAUCGCAUACAUUGGCUCUAUUCGAACAUGUAAAUUUGGUAUAUGGCACUAUUAGUGAAUUUUGUACCACAUCGGGUUGUCCCGAUAUGACGGGACCGGGCAAUAGAACGUACUUAUGGUUUGAUGAGAAAGGCAAAAAGACGCGUGUUGCCGCGCCCCAGUAUAUCGAUUAUGUUAUGACGUUCACCCAGAAAACGGUUAGCGACGAAUCGAUAUUUCCUACCAAAUAUGCCAACGAAUUUCCCAGUUCGUUUGAAUCGAUUGCCCGUAAAAUUUUACGCUUGCAAUUUCAUGUGAUAGCACAUCUCUAUGCGGCCCAUUUCCGAGAAAUUGCGCUGCUGGGAUUGCAUACGCACCUUAAUUUAACAUUUGCCCAUUUGACCGCCCUGCACAGGCGUUUCAAUUUAAUCGACGAAAAGGAGACGGAUGUAUUGCGUGAUCUAGAAGUGGCUUUAAGAUUGACCGAUGACACAACCAGUAGUGCUGGUGGUGGCGAUGGUUCGUCGCAGAGUGAUUCGACGGCCGGCUCAAUGAUGUCGUCAUCGAGCGCAGCAGGUGAUAGUGGGAAGCAGUGUGGGGAAGAUGUCAAUUCAGUGCAACACAAUAAUACAGCAGCGUCGCUGAUAGAUGGCGGUGGCGUGCCGAUUUGCACCCAGCCAGAGGCUGGCACAAAGUCACAACAGUUUGGUGGUGUGGGCGGCGGUGGCGGCCUGAUUGGCGGUAUUUUGGGUGAUUUGAGCAGUGGCGAAUUUGGUGAUACUAUGCAUUAUUGUACUUCGGCAGUUCCUGCUUCCUCCACUAACUGUUCGGUAACAAAUCCCCUGCAGAAUACGACACCUUCCACCUGCAAUUCCAUGAAUGGCACCUGCAGUGCGGCAGAUGGUGGCGGCGGCGGAGGAGUUACAGCAAAUGGUAAUAAUGGCGCGGGCGCUUUUCACCAACACAACAAUAACAACCAUGUAACACAACACCAUCUCCAUCAUCAUCCACAUCAUCAUCAUGCGGUGCACCAUCACCAUCAUCAUCCGAAUCAUUUUGCGCAAAAUACAGGCCUCAUACAGUGCAAUGCUAGUAAUGCUCCUACAGCAACGGCUGCAACUACGUCAACAACAACAGCAUAGCUGCUCUAGAUUAAUCCUCAACAACAACAACAACAAACAACAACCUUUUCCUACUACUGCAACAACAACUAUAAUAAUAUUAAUAACAACAACAACAAAUGUACUAUCCUUACCCUAAGUUUUCUGUUUUGAAAUGAACACAACAACAACAAAAACAAAGUAAAUAAAAUUAAAUUUA